CUGGAGUGGAGAAAUUUGGUGUCUUGUCCCAAAAUAAAUCAAAUUCAUAGACCAAAGUUUCUUCAGACACAACAAUGAAGUGCGGUGGAACUGCAGAUGCAGCUCCAGCUGACGAGGAGACACAGAAAGUGAUUGAUACGGUGAAGCAAGAAGUUGAGCAAAAGCUUGGAAGAGAAUUACAAGUGUUUAAAGCUUUGCGAGUAGCAAGACAGAUGGUCCAAGGUUUCAAUUUCUUUGUCAAGGUGGAUAUUGGGAACAAUGAAUACAUACAUGUCCGUAUUUAUCAAAAUCUUCCCUGCUAUGGCUCCAAAAUUGAACUGCAUGGAAUUCAAGUUGGCAAAACAGUAAAUGAUGAUGUUGGUUAUUUUGAAGGGUUUCAGCUUUAGUUGACAUACUUACCAAAAUUUAUUGGAAGAAAUGAAAGCUUAUUUGAUCUGAAUUUGAACUAAUGACAUUUUAAGAUAUUUUACGAACACAAUUUUUUGUAUCCUGAUACAGCAAUACACGAAGAAUUUCUUUCACAGUCAUAACCUCAUUCGUGUUAUUAAUUUGGGGCAAAUUUGCUAAAUCUUGUAGUUUUAUUUACUCAAAAAUAUAUUACUUAUUGAAAUCUGCCAAUAAUGA